AUGAACGCACGUCAACGGCUUUACAAGGUCAAUACACUCAAUGCUUCAAGGUGUUGCCGCGCAAACCAUGACAUCACAGAGCUUCUCAAGAGGUUCGAGAAUGUGAUUGAAUACGGCUCUAUCCUGAAGGGUGAGAAAAGGGACAGGAAUGAGAUCGCAGUAAGCGCGUAUCACAUGAGUGUCGAGAGCGCCGCUCUGGUGCGGGCAGCAGAGGAUGUCCUCUCCCUCACGCGAGUCUUGAAGGAGGCGUGGCUUUUCGGAAAGCUGCAGACUGUAGGGGCCGGCGAAGCGGAGAAGAAGACGGAAAGCCUCAGUAAGGAUGUGUGUGAGCGGUUACAGAAGUUACGUGGUGCUUUCGAUCUCAAUGGGCAGAAUGGAGGUGAAGGAGCUCAGGGGGAAGAAGGGAGGAAUGGGGAAGGUGAAGAGAAUGUAGACAUGAAUUCGCUGGCUAAAUCUGAAAAGAGUCAGGUUACCAAUGGGGGCAAGGUCAAGAAUGCAGUCAUCAUGGGCCGCAAGACGUGGGAGAGCAUCCCAUCCCGCUUUCGGCCGCUGAAGGAGAGGAUCAAUGUUGUUGUCAGUCGGAAUUAUGAGACUUUGAGCCUUGCCUCUCCUGCCUCGGGUGCGGAGUCGCUGUCCGUAGAAAUGGUAGGCCAGGAUGUGCUUGCUGUGGGGAGUAUUGAGAGUGGAUUGCGGGAGUUACUGAGACGGUUUCCAGAAGACGCGGAGAAGGAAGGGGGGCAGGUUAGGGGGCAGCAGGAAGUGGGAGGGGGAAAUGCUAAGCUAGGAAGGGUGUUUGUCAUUGGUGGAGCGGAUAUAUAUAAGCUUGCUCUUGGGAUGAAAGAGUGUGAACGGGUGCUGUGGACGAGGUUGAGUAAGGACUGGGAGUGUGAUACGCUUUUCCCAGAAGGUGUCUUGGAAGGGGAAAGAGAGCAGCACAGAGGGAAGGGUGAAGAGGGCGAGAAAGAAAGGAGGUGGGUGAAGAGGAGUCGGCAAGAUUUGGAGACAUGGACCGACGAAGAAGGGGUGGGAGGUAUAAGAAAUGAGGGCGACGUCGAAUUUGAGGUUAUGAUGGUGGAAAGAGGAGAUAUCUGA